AUGGCUCCUCGCAUCUCUUCCGCUUGGACCGCCGCUGCCUCUUUUCUUCUGGAGCGCCCCCCGGCGCAUCGGAGGGAACCCCGGCCAGCGGGCUUCUCUCUGUGCGACCGCACAGACAAGAGGUGGAGCCUCCAUGGCGGUCCCGGGCGCCCAGGCCCCGCUGCUGGCCACACUGCCGCGCCCGCGGCGCGGCCGUCGCGGCCCGUCGCUGCCGCGGCGCCGCCUCGCCCCGCGCAGGGCCGCGCCCGCGCCCGCGCCUCGGUCGUGCACGCCAGCGGUCUGGACCCGACCGGGGCGAGGCAAGCAGCUCAGAGGAUCGCCAGGGCUGGUUUCGGGGCUGCUCCCGCGCCCUGGGGCCUGCUCAUCGGGCCGCCAGGCAGCGGCGAAAGAGGCCCUCCCCCCCCCCCGCGUCGUUGCGGUGUCCGUCGGUUCUUCAUUCCCUUGGUUCAGGGUUUUCGUGCAUUUCCGUGCGCCGAGGGCCUCGGGGCCUGGGUGGCUCCCGCGGGGGCGGCGGAUGGCUUCCGCGGCAGUAGCGGGCGUGCACAGUCCGCCCGGCGCGGAGGCGGGACGGCACGCAUCCGGCACGAGGUGGCCUCGAGUCGCCCGCGCUUGUCCUUCGAGGGGACCGUCCUGCAAUGGCAGGGUUUUGUGUACCCGCCCUGCGUUGGCUCGUGGUGGACCGCUGGGCCAAGAGCCUCCGAGGUGGCCUCGGGCUCCGCGUUCUGGGCCCAGGCGGACGAGGCGCGCAGAGCCCGCCCGCCCAUACCCGUGUGCUUUUGCAUGUUUGUGGUCUCCACGGUGGCGCUUCCGUUUCCACGAAGGCUCGCGGUGUCCCGCGGUGUCGCGUGGUGUCCCGUGGUGUCCCGUCGUGCCCGCCGUUGCUAG